AUGAUAUCAUUAACAAUAACUUUCUUAAGUUUUUGGUUUAUUCUUCAUCUUAUAACUUAUUUUCUGCAACAAAAAUUAAAGCAACCAUUAACGAACUCGGUUAGAUCAGCCGCCAACAACACUCCACUACCAAGAUUUCGUUCACAAAAAAAUUACACUGUUAUACACUCAAAACCAUUUAAUAUAAGACUAACCACAACGAUCUUAAAUCCCGUUUUUACAUCAAUAGCAAAAAAAUCACCUAGAUUUUGGAGAAUAUGGUUUAAUAUUGGUGCAUUUGUUGGAAUAUGCGUUAUGAUAAUUGGUGUUGGUGUAAUAAUGGUUGCCAGCUGGAAACUUUUAAUAGAGUUGUUUUCAAAUGUUGUGUUGGACACUGAUGUAUCUUCAACAUCAACAAAACUAUUUGUAAAUUCUUCAACGACAGAUGGAUCAAAUAUAAGAUUGAGAAAAAGAGGUUUAGAAGAUUAUAAUAAUAAUAAUUUAUUGGAAAAAAAAGAUCACCAAGUAUUUAAACCCGUAAUCCCUGGUAUCACUUUACCAAUUUCACAUCUUGCUUAUUAUCUCAUAGCACUUUUAGUUUGUGGAAUGAUUCAUGAGGCUGGUCAUGCAAUUUCUGCAAUAAAUGAAUCAUUGCAUAUAAAAUCAACUGGGAUAUUUUUAUAUGUAUUAUAUCCUGGAGCAUUUGUAAAUCUUCCUUUAAGAACGAUAAAAACAUUAUCGCCUAUAAGACAACUUCGAAUAAUUUGUGCUGGAGUAUGGCAUAAUGCAAUUGUAUUUCUGUUAGGGACUUUAUUGUUGAAUAUUGGCGUUAUAAAAAUACUUUCAAGUGCUACUGCAUGGAAGUCUGUGGAUGGAAUUGGAGUGAAUGUGGUCGAAGUUGAAAAAGACACGCCUUUACAUAAUUUUUUAAUGCCUUCAAGUUUAAUAACAAAGUUAGAUGACUAUGAUUUAAAUUAUCCAUCAUUGGAAAGUUGGUCAAACUACUUGUUAAAUAAUGAUAAAAUAGAAAUCAAUAAUAAUGGAUUCUGUGCUUCAGAAAAAGACGUAACAAAUUCUUUAGAUUGUUGUGACAUCUCAUUUGAACACCCUUAUGGAAAUUCGAAAAAUGAUUCUAUCUCAUGUUUCAAAAAAAAAGAUCCACAUCCUUUGAAGCUUGUUUGUCUACCAACAAGACCAAUUCUUGUCAAUAUUAAUGAACAACGUUGUACAAAAGCUUCUGAUUGUUCAACAAUAUCUAAUUCACCAUUAUGUGUGCUACCAUAUAUGCCUGCUGGAUUCCCUAGACCUUUAAGAAUAUAUUAUAGAGACUCGCCUUGGAUUAAUCAAAAUAACGAUCAAGAAAACGUUUUAUUAUACAUGGGUGAUUUACAAGUUGUAUGGGAAAUUGGUAAUUAA